AUGGAUGAACCAAUGGAAGCAUCAUUUGAUCCUGGAAUUGACGGUGUAAAUUUGCAGAAUCAGGGGGCGCAACAAGUUGUUGAAGGAAGCCACCUUCCAAGCACACAAAAUAGUAUGGGAAUAUCGUGUAAUAAUAUGCAUUCUGACACAUCAGCUAUAUCCAUGUCAUCGAGUCAUCCAGCAGGUGAUUCAGAGGACAAUACUAACAACAAACCUCACUUCACCCCUCUGUUGCGACCUGGUAGCAUGGGUAAAUAAAUCCAACAUUUAUUUAUAGCAUGAACUAUUUAUAAAUUUAUGCUAACAGUUUAAAUUUUAUCCAUAAUGUGAUCCUAGUCCAUAGGCAUAGAGAUCCGAUUUAACUUAAUAAUAUUUCAAAUAUCCUUCCUUGCUUCACAUUUUGUCCUAAGCCAUAUAUUUUCUGUUUACUCAGUGAUGAUGACUCUUACUGAAGAGGACUAUGAGAUGCAAUACUGGCCAAAGUUAAAAACUGCCAUAGAUCAGCUUUUAAAUAUAAAGCCUGGUGCCUACAUACCAAUUUCUUAUGAACAGAUGUACAGGUAUGUUAUAACUUAUAUGACAUGAAUAGCUUAAGUAGUUCAGUUUCAGUACAUGUUUUGUGUUAGAAGUAGAGUAAUUUGAAAUGUAAUAUAUUUUAAUUUUAAGCUUUUUAUUAAAAACCUACCCAAGUGGUUAGCGAAUUGGGUGACUAUUGUAAGGCUUUUAUUUUUGUAGCAUGUUAAUAUAUUAAAAUUACCAAAUGGCAGUGCUUCUCAAAAUUUGCACUGUGACACUGAUCAGAAAUUGACCCACAUUUCAUUGGGGAGCAAUGUUAAUACUUUAAAUUGAUUAAAAUAAAGAGGGACUGCUUUUAAACCAUGCCCAUGUAAAGUAAAUAAAUAAUGGAACAAGAUAUGUUUAGGCUUGAAAAAAAAGACAAUAACUUGAAUAAUCGAACAUUUUGGCUUGAUGCCUUCUUUGGGAUAUUGAACAAAACAAGCCCUCCCCAGUCUCAUCUCUUUUCAACUGAGGUGAACACAAGAGUACAUCAGAUGUAUCCUUAACAGGUGUAAUUUCUUGCACCAAUACACCAGCGAGAGGGAAGAAUGAAAGCAAAUUAUUUCUGAUUUUUGCUAUCUUAUCGCCUUAUGAAAUCAAUCAAAUACUUACUAAUACUAGUUAUCCAUUAUUUCCCUACAUUUCCUUUCUCAUUUUUUAAAGUUUUUAAAAUAUUACAUUUAAAUUUAUAAUACUUGACUUCUUUUACUUGAUUGUACUCACCACAGAAUAGUUUUGAAAAUUUCAACUUCCGUUUCUAACAAUAACAUAGAGCACUUACUUCCUGUUCUAAACAUUCAGCUACACUGACUUUAUUGAGAACUUUGAAAACAUAAGUAUUAUUUUUUAAUUUAAAUAUAUUUAUUGUAUUGUAUUGACUGUUGAAGAAGGCAACUAGCUGAAUAACCGCUUAAAUGUUGUCUUUUAUUUUCAAGCCCAAACAUAUCUUGUUGGGUUUUUUUUAUCCUUCUAAGGCUUCUUAAAUAUUUACCUUUUGUCGCCCAGCAUCUGAGAACUUACAGACUACCACUUUGAAUAGCUCUGCCAUAAGACAUUAAAAAAAAAAUAAAAAUUAACAAUAAAUAAACAUAACAUUUUGUUACCAUAUUGGGGGGGGGGGGGGGGUGUUGAUGCAUAUUUUUAAAUCUUGUGAAAACUUUUUUUUUUACCUGCAGUUGUGUCUAUAAAUGUGUAUGCAAACAAUUUUCUGAGAGACUUUACAACGAUUUGUUGCAUCAUCUUUCCUCCCACAUGGAACAUCUGAAUCAGGAGUUAAAAAACCACGUAUGAAUUCUUCUUUCCUUAAAAACAUAUUUUGAAGCAUGUAUUCUUUUUAAAAUCUUUUUUGACAUAUCCUACCUAGUAUUUCAUGCAUUUGAAUUUUGAUAAUUUUGUAUCAAUGUAUCACGUUUGGCUUUAAUCUUCUUGAAAAAUUAACUUUUCUAGAUAAAUAACGGUAAUGGAAAAAAUAAUAAAAAACUAUUAUAUAUUUCAAACAGUUUAGGUGUGUUAGGUGCAGUGGUGGAUUCAUGGGCAUGAGGGAUAUUUAGUGGAAAAUAUUUAGAUUACAUAUUUUUUUUUAAAAGCCUAAUUUUUUUUUAAACUCAUGCUCUUAACCCUAAACAUUAUUUAUGCAUAUUGUAAAUUUUUAGCCCACUUCGUUUUAUUUUGUUUGUCCCUGCCACUGAUGCGCUUGUUGGUAUCCUUGCUCUCAGAAAGUUUAGGGCUACUUUCAUUUUUUUCUGCCAUUGUCACUGGUGAGGAUUAUGUGGGAGAUUAAUUUUGUGUCUCCAAAAAUAUGUGGAAAUAAUUUCAGAUUAAUAGUUACAUUUUAUAAAAAAAUUACUUCGUUAAUAAAUAAAUUAUAUUUUUUGUUUGUAUGUAUAGAGAUUCAACUUUUUAAUGUACAAGGAAAGAAAUGCUUGAAAUUACCUCUUGUUUUUAACUGUAUACUUUCAAGAAGGCUUUCUUUGGCAUAAAAUAAAAUGCUUAUGUAAACAAAUUUACUCACAAUUUAAAUUUAUACAUAAUAUGCCAUGGAUACCGAUUAAUUAAGGAAAGAUAAGAUUGAGCAGAGUUUAACAGCACCACCCUGUUGCUGGUCCAGUUAUGUGAAGUAACCAUAUAUUUUACUCAGUUGGUUCCAUAUUAAGUAAAUAAACUGCCAAUCUGGAAUCUACUGUAUUAAUAUUUGUUUUAAAGGAGUUUUCUUGGCGAACCAAUAAUCCUUGAGCCCAAACGCAUCUUCAGCCUACUAUGUACUGACAUUAUUUUCUUUCUAUAAUGACAACAGGCCCCACAACUACACAGGGAUGUACAAGUUGAUAAAUGAUCGCAGUGGUACCUUAUCAAAAUAAAACAUUCUCUCAUUUAAAAACAUUUCAUUUACAAUUUACUACAUUUGAAUAUACUUUUCCAAUUUUUUUUACACAAAUGGAUGGUUUGUGAUUAUUUGACAUUUUUCCUAUUAAAAGUUUUUUUGUUUUGAAAGUGUGAAGGUGCAAAUACUUGUUAUUUCAUAUUAUCUUGGAAUAGAAUCUUAACAGGUAUCAGAGGUAACUGUUAAAUUAUCCUGUUAAAAAAUGAAUCCACAUUGAAUUUGAAACUUGGUCAUAGAUCUUGUUCUUCUCUACAAUGAAAUAAUAGAUUUUAUAAUGCUGAAGAUUUUACAUAUUAUGUGUAAAGAGAUAUUGUGGAGUUCAACUUUUUAUUGUUUUUAACAGAAAUAACAAUGGGAACUGGUUAGUUUCAUAGUUUCAUUUACCAAGUAAACAAAGUAGUUUACAGAGUAUCUUUGCCAUUGUUUUUUUUGCACUGUUAUCUUUUUUUUUUUCCACAGAAAGGAGAAACCAUUCCUUAUAUUGAAACAUUUUCUUUCCUUAUGCAUCAAUAUCUCCAAGCAUUGUCGGGAAUUGUACCCAUAUUUAACUACAUGGUAAAUCUAUCAAUUGUUCUUAUUCUUAAAAAAAUUACCUUUUAAAAAAGUAAUUCGAUCUUGUAUGUCUAUUAGCUAAGCUACAUUGUAGCUUGCGGUUGGUCAGUUAUAAUUAUUAUCUUUCUAAAAAUUUAUUAAGUAUUCAACUUUGCCGUUACAGAUUAUAUCUGAAGAACAUUUUCUGCUCAUUAAAUAAAUUUUAAAAAAUAAGAACAUUCCAUACUUAAUUGUAAAAUAGACAUUACCUAUCCAAAAUUUGUUGACUUCUAUUGAUUGACAUAAUAACUUUAUCUCUUCAUAUUUAGAAUCGUUUCUACGUAGAAAACAAAUUGAAGACAGAUUUAAAUGAAGAGUUGCGCAAACUCUUUUGUUCCAAAGUGGUAGAUAUUCAUAUAAGUGAUUUGAUAAGUAAGUAUAAUGAUAACUGAUUCUACCUUGUCUCUACAUCAUAUCUUUCAACAUUGUUGGCCAUGAGAUUUCAAAGAAGCUUAUAGUAACAAACAAAAAAAGGCAAUGCACAUCAUGAAGUAAUACUAUUAUUUAUCUUAGCAUUUCAUUACCCAGCAAAUUAGACGGGCAUUGUUGACCAUAAUUUGUUAUUGACAUUCAUACAUGUUAACUCUUAUGUCGAUUAUUACUUCCCCCUAAUCUAAAUGUAUUCCUAAAAAAAUUAGAACCUUAAACAAUUAUUAAUAACUUGUCUUUCUAAGAACUGCUGGAUGAAGUCAGCUCUAUACCAUUUGCAAUUUCUCCACCUACUAUGGCUAGUGUGAUGAAGAAUCUAUAUGCUUUGAAUGAAGGUAACUACAAGGUUAAUGACUAAUAAUCUGAAAAAUGAAGUUUAAUUGUUCUCUUACAAUUUUGAACACAAAUACCACAAAUAGACUAAUGUGUUAUUUGUAUUUCUUUAAACUUUAUAAGCAAACAAACUUGGCAGUGUUACAUUUCAAUUACAGCAUUAUUUUAUUAUAACAAAUAUAUUUUAUGUCAUUUUCUUGUUUGCAAGACUAUUCCAAGUUAAACCCAGCCUUGUUUUCCCGGUACCUUCCUAAUAUACUCCCUCCCACUGAUCCUUCCAUGCUGGAGCAAUAUGCCAUGGAGGCAAGGAGGGUUCAAGAACUCAUUGCCAGUACAGAAUUUAACAAAAGGUUUGGAUUGCUUUCUUUCUCACUUGGUUAUUAAUGUUAAUUUGUUAUGACUUAGUGACUGCACUGCAUUUCUGUAUCUAAUCACUAUACUUUGUGUGUAAUUUACAGGCUUUUAUAUUUUAUGUGUAAAUUAAUAUAUUUUAAUCCUAUAAAGUAAAGCAAAUGCAUGCCUCAAUGAUAGUUUUGAUGUGUAAAGUGCCUUAUUUCAUACUCGACAUCUUUCUUUUUUUUUUUUUAACUGGUACUACUUUUUUAAUAUUAUUGAAUGUAUGGGAAAUAUGAUGUCAUUUUAUUGUUUCCAAUGUCAUUUAUGAUAAUUUUGUUAAAUUUUCAGUCAUGAAUCAAAUAGGAAACGUGUGUAUGAGGAAGAUAUUUCUGUGACUAUUUGACUUACAGAUAUCAGGGAACAUGUAAGUCUAAAAAUAAAACUGACAAUAAAAAAAACUAUUUGUUUUAAUAAUUAUAAUUCUUAUGUACACAUUAAAAAUAGCCAUAAAAAGAUCUAUCGGUGUCUGCAUUCAUUUGUUAACUCUCCUUUAACAAUUAGGUAAGGCCUCUCCCAAUUGUUGGAAUAUGUAAAGCAAACAAUUUAAGGACAUUAUUUAUUCACUUAGACUUAGAACAUAUUAAAACCUCUUUCAUUUGCACCUUUUUAUAAACUAAUAUUAACUUUCUCAAGUGUAAACUAUUAUGUAACACUCAAGAGAGAUAAUAUUAGUCUUUAUUUGUGACAAAUGACAACAUAAUUGCCUAAUCCAUUUUAUUAAAUUUUACACUCCAGUUGAAAAUCUGUGCCAUUGUUAUUUUCUCAGACACUGUGACAAUAUUUUUGACAGGCAUUUCUGUGAUAGUGAGUGCAAGCUGAAUGCCAGCUGUGGUAGAAGCUACACCAAGUUGUGCCCCCCAAUUGACCACCAAAAAAUACGCAAACAUGUAAUGUUAUCAGCAUAUCUCUAGAGAUAAGAGAUUAGUGACUUUAUCUUGACAUUGUUACUAUAUUUUUAGAUUGUGCCAUGUAUAGUUAAAAUAAAUCAGGAUCGAAAACUGAUGAUUUCAAUCAAUACAAUACUUGAGAAGUUCCCAUGCCUACACGUUGUUGAUUUCAGCUUUUCACAACAUUCGUUUGUUCCAAUAUUAGG